AUGCCACCCACUCCUCUAUCCACGCCUCUGCUUCGUUUCUUGAACCAAAUUUCCAAACCCGUCACUUUUAAUACUUAUUAUUCCCACAACCUUUCCAGGACCUAUACCACACUUUCUCUUAUAAACCCUUCUACCGCCACACCUCUCCCUUCCGUCCUUUCCUCAACUCCUGCCGACGUUUCCUCUGCCGUUCAUGCAGCACAGGAAGCUUUGCACGGCCACUGGGGACAAUUAUCCGGUACAGAAAGACGAGAAGUAUUGAGAACCAUCGCAGAUGGAAUCGAAAAGCGUUUACAAGAUUUUGUACAAGUGGAAGUUUCAAAUGCGGGAAUGGUAAAAAAGGAUGCAAGAGAUGAAGUUAUCGAUGCGGUAGAGUGUUUUCGCUUCUUCGCAGGGUAUGCUGACAAGCGUUAUGGUGAAUCCUAUUCCGCACUCUCUCGUUUGUACCACUCUUACACGGUUCCUUCCCCAUAUGGUAUCACUGCAUUGAUCACUCCUUUUAAUUAUCCUCUUCUUCUCGCGUGCUGGAAACUGGCCCCCGCAUUAGCAUGCGGUAACACAGUCCUCCUCAAACCCGCACCGCAGACUCCGCUUGCCGCGUUGUUGUUGGGCAAGGUGAUUGAGGACGUUGGCGUAGACAAGGGAGUCGUAAAUGUAUUGCCCGGUGGUAGAGACGUUGGGUUGGAAGUGUUGAAGAAUGAGGACGUUCGAAUGGUUAGCUUUACCGGAAGUCUCGAAGGAGGGCGAGGAGUCUUGAGAACGAUAGGAAAUGUAGAAGAAAAUUUAAUACCAAAGAGCAUAGAUAGAUCACGCGUUAAAGACGCGAACGCAAUGGAAUUCACUAAACCGACGUCAACCAUAAAAAAAGUCCUCUUAGAAUUAGGCGGAAAUUCUCCCUUGAUCGUCUUUUCGGACGCAGACUUGUCCGCCGCGGUCGAAGACGUUGUAAUGGCUUCUUUCUCCAAUGCAGGGCAAAAUUGCUGUGCUGGAAAGCGUCUCUACAUCCACGCAGCUGUCUAUUCAACCUUUGUCAACAAACUUUACGAUCGUGUAAAAUCCCUUCGUGUCGGUGAUGCGGGCAAAGAUGAUACUGAAGUAGGACCUGUUGUCAACGAAAUCGCUCUUAAUGGGAUUGUUGAAUGGGUUGAGAGGAAAGUAGAGGCGAAGAAAGUCGAGGUCAUUUACGGAGGAAAAAGGAUGGAUAGAAAUGGGUUUUUUGUGUAUCCGACAUUGUUAAAGCCGAUGACAGAUGCAAACGCGGAAUUUGAAGCAGAUGAAGUUUUCGGACCCGUUCUGACUAUAAUGUCUUUCGAUUCAAUUGAAGAGGUCAUCACAUCUGCUAAUUUGUCGGGAUAUGGAUUAGCGGCUGGUGUAUGGACGAGCGACAAUUCAAAAGCAGAAUAUUGUACCAGCAAAUUAAAUGCAGGCGUAGUUUGGGUUAAUUGUUAUAAUGCUACACAUCCUUAUUUGUGUUUUGGGGGGAUGGGAAAUAGUGGGUUUGGAAAAGAAUUGGGAGUGGAAGCGAUGAGGGAAUAUUCGAUGCUGAAGAGCGUCAGUGUCAAGAGAGAUUGGAAAUAA